ACCAAGGGCGCUUCCGGCGUGGGCCUGCUCGGUGCCUCCGCGAUGCGUCUCUCGGCGUCGGCGUGGAUCGCUCAUGGCCGCGUCCACCGGCGCCUCGGCCUCGGGCCCCGCUCGCGCCUCGACCUGCUGCGGAACCUCGUCACGGCCCUGGUGCGCCACGAGCGGAUCGAGGCCCCUCGCGGGCGCGCCGACGAAAUGCGCUUCUACGCCGAACACCUGAUCAACUAUGCCAAGCGUGGCGACACAGACCCCCAAGCAAUGCGCAUGGCCGACUUCUGGCUGACGGAGAAGGACCUCCUGCACAAGCUCUUCAAGGUGCUGGCUCCUCGCUUCCAGGCACAUUCCAGCAACUACACACGCCUGCUGCGGAUCCCCAACCGGGAGAACCUGGACCGUGCUGAGAUGGCCGUCAUUGAGUACAAGGGGAACCCAUUCCCACCCCUCCUGCGCCCAAAGCGCGACAGCGAGAAGACGCUGGUGAAUCAGCUGCUGAAGGGCUUCCGGGAGGAUGCACUGAGGGCAGGGGAAGCUCCACUCCAGGGAAGCCCAUCUGAGGGCACGGCAGUGUAGAAAGAAGCACAGACACCACUUCCUCCCCUUCUCCUGUCAGUUGGAAGCCUGCCUGCGACCUCACCUUGAUAUUGGGGAGAGGAGCUGUAUUUCUUUGGGUUUUUUGAGACCACCUCCCUGCUUUCAUCUGCUUUGCUAUGCAGGGUACUAGUUCUCUCUUGGGACUGGAAACUUGAAAAAAUAGCUGCUCUCUUACCUUCAUGCACACAGAAAUAAACGACAGCAGCCAUGGGGCAAAUGCCUUGGUUUCUCUGAACUCUCUUUGUGCUGCUUGCAGACAAGCGAUGGUGCUUGGUGACACAUCUGGCAUGCAGUGGCACCAGCGGAGCCAGAAGCA